AUGUCUCCCCACAAGCAUAACUACAACCUCCGAAAGCGCGCCGAAAGGGCCGCUGCCGCCACGCCGCCACGCCGCAAGGCCUGCAAGACCUCCAAGACCGCCGCCAGCCGCAGCAGUAUCUCCAAGACCGCGCGGGCCGCCCCAAAGACGAUCUACUACGCCCUCAAGUUCAGCGCGAUGGCGCGCCUCACGGAGAUGGAGAUCACCAAGGACACCACGCUCGUCGAGGGUGAGCGCUUCCACCGCCUGAGUUGCGGCGGGAAGCGCGCCCCACGCGGCGUGGUGGCCUUGAAGAUCUCCAUUCCCGCGGGCGUUGAGGGCGGGGAGUGGCCUGACGAGAUGGAAUUGGAGGCGAUCAGCGGAGAGGAGGAAGAGGAGGUGGGACAAGAGGAGGUGCAGGAGCAGGAACUUGAGCAGCAGCUUGAGCAGCAGCUGCAGAAGGAGCAGCAUCAAGAGGAGGAGGAGCAGGAGCAACAGCUCGAGCAACAGCUGCAGAAGGAACAGCUGCAGGAGCAGCAGGAGGAGAACGCGGAGGAGGAAGCGGAGCAAGAGGAGGCGGAACAGGCGGCCAAUAACAGCGGCCUCAGCUGCAUCGAUACCAACCAGAGAUACAUACAGGAGUCGUUCAACAAUGCGAAGCGCAUCAUGGAGAAAAAGAAGAAAGGGGCGAUGGAGAUACCAGAGAUGUCUCCUCACAAGCACAACUACAACCUGUGCAAGCGCGUGCCCAAGCCCGCUAGAAGCGGCAGCGGCAGCGGCGGCAUCUCCAAGACCGCGCGCGCCGCCCCCAAGCCGAUCUACAUCUACUACGCCCUCAAGCCCAGCAUCCUGGCGUUGAGGAAGGCCUGA